AUGGACUUCAGUUCCGAUCCAAGGUGCGCGCCUUGCAGUGCGGGCUGUAGCGCCGAUCUAGCAUGCAGCAGGCAGUUCGGCAGCCGCUUCAAGCAGACCACGUGCACGGUCGACGAGCUCAGAGUCCCUUUCUCACAGGUGAGCUCAUCCACGUGUACGGUCGACGAGCUCAGAGUCCCUUUCUCACAGGUGAGCUCAUCCACGUGUACGGCGUCCACCCACACAGCAGAAAUCUCAAUUUCAUUGGACUACGCGGCCCAGCUUUCGCUCACCCCCGAUCCUCUGUUUCCCCUCUUGUCUUCGUUCCUUCCCCUCAUCACCACGCCCCUCAUCACCACGCCCCUCAUCACCACGCCCCUCAUCACCACGCCCCUCAUCGCUACGCCCCUUGCUUCCCUUCCCGUUCUCCUCCGCCCACCGCUUUACCCAGCCCUCUACCCCUCUACCCCUCUAACCCUCCGCCCUAUACGUCCUGUGGCCUUAACCCACCGCGCCCCUCACCUUUACACCCCUCCCUUUGCCAAUCAGCGGGGCGCAAUGAACGCGGUGAGGGAGAGGCUGAGCCGCAAGCCGUCGAGCAAAGGUGGGCGCUACGUGGCCUACUUCCUCUCUGCGCCUCCCCGCCUGGCUGGCUGCCAGAACACAGUCACUCUGAGCCCCCCGGAGCAGGUGGCCUACCUUCGCUCCAAGAACGCGCAGAGUAAGAUCUGGUUCCGCACGCAGAAGCAGCUGUUUGGGCGGCGCAACUCGCGGGUGCGACUCCUUGACAUCACGCACCCGUCGCUCGCACGUGCCGAUGCCAUGAUCGGGUCGCAGGGCAAGGCGAGCAUGGACUGCCUGCACCCCUGCCUGCCAGGGCUGCCGGACAACUGGGUUGAUUUGUUUUAUGCUGCCUGGAUGGCAGACAAAGGCUUCUGA